UGUCCUGGGUAAUAACUGAUGCUUUUAUGAAAACACAACGAAACUUGCUUUUAUUUAUUUUUAUUCGGCGCCAUUUUGCAUACUCAUCCCGCUUCUUCUUCUUCGCGAUUGACACAACUCUAAUAGUGAUAUUGUUCGAAAAUGGUAACUUGUAAGAAUUAAAAUCGAACUUCACUUCAAAAAGUAAUGACAAUGAAUAAAUGCGAGUAAAAUCAGGGAAAAAUAAAUCUCACAUUUUUAUCUAUACUAAGACAUGUUCCGUCAGUUUAACCUCGCCUUAUCAGUAUAGAGGUUAAUAUUGAGUUAUAGAACCCAUUUUACUUAAACAUCAUAAAUAUGGGUAAAACUAAGAAAACGCGCAAAAUAGCGGUCAAGAGAUUCGCCAAAAUGAAAAGCAUGAUCAGCCCGAGCGACCCGCGGAUAAAAGCAUCGCUAAGAGCCCCUCCGCGAAAAAAAAAAAAGGACGACCCCUAUGCAGUGCAGGUGCGCGAGGCCCCUCAAGCCAGUUCAGCGUUAUUCUUUCAAUACAACACGCAGCUGGGUCCCCCAUAUCAUGUGUUGCUGGAUACAAACUUCAUCAAUUUCUCAAUUAAGAAUAAGCUGGACAUAAUCCAGAAUAUGAUGGACUGUUUGUAUGCCAAAACAAUCCCUUAUAUAACCGACUGUGUCUUGGGAGAGUUGGAGAAACUGGGACAGAAAUACAAGGUCGCUUUGCGUAUCAUUAAAGACCCCAGGUUUGAACGAAUCCAUUGCCUUCAUAAAGGGACAUACGCCGAUGACUGCAUUGUGCAACGUGUUACCCAACACAAGUGUUAUAUUGUGGCCACUAACGAUAAAGACUUAAAAAAAAGAAUUCGAAAAAUACCGGGAGUGCCAAUAAUGUAUGUUUCUCAGCAUAGGUACACUAUAGAGCGAAUGCCCGACGCAUACGGUGCUCCAAAAACUUGAAAAAGGCAUUAAAAAUUAAAAAAAA